GCCAUGUUGUAGGACACGAAAGCAGCUGCCUUCAGGGGGCCGAUGGAGUGUGGGAAAUACCACCGACGAAGGAACACCACGUGGUUUACUGCGUAAAAACAUGACGGCUGUCUAAUGGAUGCGGCGGGGUGGGCCUGUGGCUGAGGAUGCUGUGACGUCAGCGGUGGACAGUCCAUGCCAUGAUGGCGGCGGAGCGGGGCGGCGGUCCCGGCUCUCCUCCCGGAUCUCCUGCCGGCGCCUCCCGGACUGCGGCGGAUCACUCGGUCCUAGUGGUGGUGGGAACGCUGUGGCCCGCGGAGCUGCUGGAGCGGGUACUGCGGCAAGUAGAAACAGGUGUGCGCUGCUGGGCGGUGGAUCUGGACGUCUCCGUUCUGGAUCAACAGCUGAAGCUCUUUGUGUCGAGACAUUCAGCCUUCCUGUCGGAAGAAGUGCGAGGUCAGCGGACUCUGCAGCACAGCGGGGAUGUCCUGGACACGCAAGUCGUGGUGAAUCCAGGCUCAGAGUUUGUUUCCUCAGAGGUGCGGCGGCUCGUCUGCAACCCAUCGCGUCGCAAACUGCUGAUUCUCGCCGGUCAGUAUGUUGAGGGCAGCGGCGACAUUGUACUGCAGAAAGGCUGCUUCUCCCUCAGCAACCUCAUCCAGAUUUUUUCUGAUGAGGAGGUCGGUGAACUGCUGAGCUCGGCAGGCCCAGCGGUGAAGCCUAGCCUCACCCUCAGCUGUCCAGACUCCGGCCUUUGGAAGGAGCCUGGACUGGAAAAACACAAUCUGCAAGACUUCAUAAACAUCCGGAUCAACCCUCCCCCAGUCCUUCCUGAGAUGGAGGGUUUGCAAGAGUUCAUAGAGUACCUUUCGGAGUCUCUGGAGCCCGAGUCUCCCUUCGACCUACUGGAGCCCCCAAGCACCGUGGGCUUCCUGAAGCUGUCUCGACCCUGCUGCUACAUCUUCCCUGGUGGGAGGGGUGACUCUGCCUUCUUCGCUGUUAAUGGUUUUAAUGUCUUGGUGAACGGUGGCUCUGACUCACGCUCCAGCUUUUGGAAACUGGUUCGACACUUGGACAGGAUUGACGCUGUACUGUUGACACACAUCGGCGUGGACAAUCUGCCGGGUGUGAACAGUCUGCUGCUGAGGAAAGUUUCCGAGCAGGACGAUGAGGCUGCCGGAUCCCAGCCCGAAGAGGACUGGAUGAAAAACCUCAUCUCCCCUGAGAUCGGGGUGGUUUUUCUCAAUGUUCCCGACAGGCUGAAGUUCGUCCAGGAAGAGCCGAGCGAGCUGCGGAGCUGCGAUCAGGCAGCGCUUGCUCUGCAGCACCUGCAGAGACUGGCGAUCAGACCAGAACCCCUGAGCCGGCCUAACGGACCUAGCAUAGAACCUGUGAUCUUGUUCCAAAAGAUGGGAGUUGGUCGUCUGGAGCUUUACACUCUGAAUCCAGUCAGCGGUAGCAAAGAGCUCGAAGCUUUGAUGCAGACUUGGCCAAACAAUGGAUCGAAUGUGAAGGGCUCAGAUCUUCCACUGCCGUGCCUUGUUUCCAUUUGUGCUUUGUUGGUCUGGCACCCGUCCAGCCCUCAGGAGAAAAUCAUCCGUGUGCUCUUCCCAGGGUGCACGCCUCAGACCAAAAUACUGGAUGGACUUGAGAAACUCAAACAUCUGGAUUUCCUGAAACUACCAGCAGUGUGUUUGAAGGACCUGGAAACAUCCAAAAUCGAAAAGCAACCAAAACGAGCAGACAGUCGAGAAAGCCUUAAGUCCCAGUCUAAGGACUUCAGACCCAGUAGUGCCUUACAGAAAGACAAACUUGGACGAGUGGAUGCCAAAAAACAAGAGAUGAAAACCAAGCCUAGGGUAGCAGCUGACUCUGUACCUAAAGACAGAAAGGAUGCCGAAGAAAAGCCCAAAACAAAGGAACCAGAGGCUAAAUCGAAGCCAGCGAAAUCUGCUGAAAAGCUCAUUCCAAAGAAAGAGGUUUUAAAAGAAGAGAAGAAGGAAGUGAAGAAGAAAGACAAGAAGGAAGAGAUUGGAGAGAAAAAGAAAGAAGCAACAAAGAAAGAAAUCCCAAGUAUGAAGCCAAAGAAAGACCUCAAAUCUGAACCAAAAAAAGACGUGAAGAGGGACGUGAAGAGCGAUGAGAAGAAGGCAGCAAAGCCAGCCAUUAAAGAAGUGAAGAAAGCCAUAAGUGCAGCUUCAACAGCAAGUGCAGAAAUAAGAAAACCUUCUGGGAAGAGCAGCACUCUGAAGAAGGAUGGGACUCUUCCAAGGAAAGAUACUUUGAACAAAGGGAUGAAAGGCAAACCGGUCUCAAAGGAGCAGGAGACCCAGAAGGAUGUGGCUCGCUCUAAGGUGUCCACACCUGAGGACAUGACGGCUGAAUUUGAAAGGCUUCGACUGGAAGAUGAGAAUGGGAACAGUAGUAAAAGUGCAAAGUCCAGGGGGUUGAAUCCUGACGAAGUAAAGUCCAACGGGAACCCGACUUCCACAGUAGAGAGUCCAGAGAAGUUUCGCUGCUCGGAGACCGAUCAUGACAUGGUCACUGCCUCCUCACUGGUCGCUAAAACUCCGAAAGGCGAUCUUAGUGUGAACUUUGAUCUCACCCAGACCGUGUAUGAGCCAGUGGACAGAUCCUUGAAAAACGGACCAGAAGUCUGCAUGGAGGAAAAGACCCUGGAGCUGGUCUCUCCUGCAGAUUCUGCCCCAAACAGUGCUGGACAUACCCCUUUCUACCAGUCCCUCGAAGAGGACAUUCGUGGCUUGGGCGAGGACAGUGGCCUUGAGGCAAGAGGGUCUAGUCUGGGCUUUGAGGACUACAAUCAGGGAAGUUCAUGUAGGACCUCUGACCUCAGCUCCCUGCCUGAAGGUCUGGAAAACUCCACAUCCUCUCAAGAUAAACAGUCCAGCCUUCUGACCCUCAGUCCUUUUAAGGACAUCAUGCCGGACUCCUCCCCAACCAUGACCUCCAUGCCGGCUGAGGUUGGCUCACCUCACUCUACGGAGGUCGAUGAAUCACUUUCAGUGUCUUUAGAGCAGGUUCUGCCCCCCCCUGCUGCCUCCCCCAAAGUCUGCACCAACGGCCAUGUUAUUGACUUGGACUCCAGUUCUGGGAUGGCCUUGAGGUCGGCCCAUAACGGGUCCUGUGGAAACAGAUCAGAGGACCACAUCCAUGGGAUGUCAGAGGUCAUCUCGGAUGUUCCUCAUGACGUUGACCUCUGCUUGGUUUCCCCAUGUGAGUUCCAGCAUCCCAGAACCUCGGAGAACCAUCAGCAGCAUGUGAGCCCCGGUCUCGCCACGGGAACCUCUCCAGAAGUCUCUGAUAACGACAACCACUCUCAGGAUGCGAGCAGCAGUGACCACGCCUCAGCCUACAGUCAGGAGACUCCGCCCACAUCGGUAAGCGGCACCCUGCCCACCACCACUGAUUCUGAUAUUCCCCCCAGCACAGAGGACUGUCCUUCCAUCACAGCCGACAUUGAUUCUGAAGAUGAUUCCAGCGGCUUCUUUCCACCCACCCAACCACAGGAACAUCCUACAUCACACUUUACUCACAGGGCGGGGCAGCACGACCCACCGCCAGCGCCGGUCAAGGACCUCCCCCCUCUACCGCCGCAGCCUGGAGCCUGUAUGGCUGACUCAGAGCCUGACAAGAAGAGCUCAGCCGGAAAGACCAAGAAACCGCUGCAGAGAAUGUCGUCAGGGAGCACAGUGGCCCAGAAUGGAAGGUCGAAGGUCGGCAGCUCCACAGGGUCCUUAAAGAUGGCGUCCAGCCUCGAUGCCAAGCCCUCAUCCCGGAGUUCACUGGGUGGAUCUAGAAUUGGAGCUGCAAAACCUCCAUCCUCAGGUUCCAGAGCUUCGGGUUCCUCCGGGUCUGAGGGUUCUGCAGUCUACGUGGAUCUGGCCUACCUCCCGUCUGGGACUGCCUCCUCCACUGUGGACUUGGACUUCUUCAGGCGCCUCCGGUCCUCAUAUUACAUUGUGAGUGGAGACGACCCAGUGAAGGAGGCGGCGAUGAAGAGCAUCCUGGAUGCACUGCUGGAAGGGAAGAGCAGCUGGCCGGACAUCCAGGUGACGCUGAUCCCAACAUUCGAUUCGCUGGCGAUGCACCAGUGGUACCAGGAGACCCACGACAGGCAGCGGGAGCUGUCGGUCACCGUGCUGGGCAGCAACAGCACCGUCGCCAUGCAGGAGGAGACCUUCCCCGCCUGCAAGGUCGAGUUCUGAGGUCGAAGCCCCACCCCCUCCCCAUUGCCACGGUUGCACCCAGACCAGCCUGAUAAGGAGGCUGGCUGUGAGCACGCUCAGUUAGAAACACUUUCUCUCACCUGUGUGACAACAUUUUCUCACCUUCUGGAUCAGCACCUUCAUCUCACCUAAGAGCAAACAUUAGCAUGUAGCAUGACAGAAAGUUGAAAAACCGUGUGACAAGUAAACACAAUGGCUUUGGCGAGGCACGGAGGUUAAAAUGAAUCAGUGUUUUAUAAAGAAGCGAACGACAAGAAAGAUUUUUAUCAAAGGAGCGUGACGCUGGCAUGAUGUGUCUGUUCAGUUAGGUUGUGUCAGUGUCUUAUGAUUAACUAUUCUCUGUUUAGCCCCUCCCCCCACUUGCCUCUUCAUUUUAAGCUUAUCUCGAGGUUCUCCUGCAGCGUGGAGGAGACCGACCCGACAAUAACUCGCUGUUUUCAGAGCCGCCAAUUAGAUUUUUACCUCACAGGAAGCACGCUAGGUGGGGUUUAUCUCUAAACUCGUGAGCUUACAAACGAAGACAUUAAAAGACCACAGGACUAACGAAUCAAUCAGACAAUCUGCUCUCCUUUUCUGUGAGGUAAUCUUCCUGUUUUUGCAAAUGGAGUCUUGCACAGAGUCACAGCUCCAGGUAAAGCAGUGAAAACUUUGUAAAUAUAAGAGCUACGUGAACACACUGAAAACUAGGCGAUUUAGGGGGCGUGGCAUAUAGGGGCAGGUAAAACGGCGACUGGAUCAGAAGCUUGUACACUCCAGACAAAAUGAACCGGUAAAUAAGACCAUGAGCCUCUCAGAACGACAACAAGUUUGUGGUUACUAACACCAUCAUUAUCAUCGCCAUCGGGGUGACUUCACUGUCUCUCUGAAGUGUGCUCAUUAAGGCCCGUUAAGCAGUCCGGUGUGAUGGUGGACACGGGUCAGUCAGAGAACAUUUGAAGAUUCAAGCACGAGGUUGAUUCUGUCAGCGCGAGGGAGAGAGAGCGAGAGUGUGAGGCUGUGACGGAUAUCCGGCAUAACGUCAACGUUCAGGUGACAUCAGUAAGGCUGAUGUCAUUAAAGCGCCUAAGGGUGACUGAUGUGAUUUGGUGCUAUAUAAAUGAAACUGUAUUAACUUAAGCUCCACCUCCUGGUCACCAUCGGCAUCAUCGGGGUAACGAACAGUAAUCAAACUCUGGUCACGGACACUGAAGUCACCCUCAAAUAGUAUCUCACAUUAAACAAACAGCCUUUUUUUAUUGUAGUUCAGCUGUAAUCAGCUGUCCACAUCUCUGAUUGGGUCUGUCUGAUGUUAGGAUGAGAGUUGGUUAGCUUGUGGAUGUGCUCCACUCCGUGACUCGUCUGACCUUUAACCUCAGCGGUGAUUUAAGACAGACCUUGUGAUGUCACCCGAUUAUCUCAGUGGGAACGUUCCUGUCCCUCAGUUACAGUAAAGCACACAGAGGUCACAGGACCGUGAGCGUGUGAUUAAGUAGUGGCGUUUCGUUCUCGAUAAUCUUCAGAAGAUUGUCAGGGAAACCGGAGAUGUAGUGUCUCUGGCUUUCCUGACGACGGUCGGUCAACUUCCUGUCCUGAAGGUUCUGGUCCGGUUCCAUUUCCUGCUUUGACCUCAGCACAGAUCUUCCCCCGUUCUUCCUUGGUGUGCUCCAAGUACUACACUACUCACGAGCCUUAGAAGACAUGUCUCAAUACAGUCUGUGAUCAGUUUGACCUUUGACCCCCUUCCUCGGGUGUUUCUCAGACCGUGUAGAAAAUUGUGGGUCAGACUGGUACCAGCUGAUUGGCUGGCCUGCUGCAGUGCACUCUGGGAAGUGUAGUCCUUCGAGAACCAAUGGAUUUUCUCUCUGACUGAUUUUUGAAAGUCAAAACAUUUCAUCGGUAAUUUAUUUAUUUAAUUUAACAUUUUUACAAAUAAAUCCUCAAACGUGACGUUUGGUACGAGCUGCUUGCCGUCCAUCUCUACCCAAUCAGCAUGGAGCUGAUCGACCGUUAAAGGAGCAGUCCACUGUGUUCGUCCCACCCAGAGGAGCGACUGAAGAACAAACAGAUGAAGUUAAAAUCAAAUCCUUCUGAUAUUUUAUCUUUACAGUGAACAUUUAGCUUUUAACUUUUAUUCGCAAAGCUUUAAAUUUAUCUUUUUUUACCCAGGAAGUGAUUUUCAGCUUUUGUUUGUUUGUUUUCUUCAGAUUUUCUUCUUUGUGCCUGCAGACAAUUUUUUAAUCCAACCAAUCAAUGAGCUGGAAAUCAUGAGAGCUGAAAAAAAUGUACUGAUAAUCUCACACACACACACACACACACACACACACACACACACACACACACACACACAGAGAUCAUUUGUGCAUUGAAACACUAACUGCAAUGAUUGUCUUUCAAAAUAAAUGUCCCUUUCA